UCCGAGAAGUAAAACACCCUCUCUUCAGUUCUCAGCUGGAGCAAGUGACAGCAGCAACGCGAGAGAGUAAAUCUAGGUAGGCUACUACGCCAUUACGGUUUAGGUGAAUUACCCCCCAUUUAAAGCGGGACAUUUGACCACCUGUGAACCAUGGAAGAAGACGCGUCCCACGCCGAGCACAACAGCGUCUCCGGCAGCACCCACACCAUCCCGCAGCAGCAGCCCGAAAACACGGAGCUGCUCAUCCCGAGCUUCAGCCCGUCGUCCGCCCCGUCCUCUCCGACCCCGACCGGCACCCUCUCCCGGCUGGGCUUGAAAAGUCCGACCAGCCCGACCGCCGUCGCGCCGGGCAGCCCGGUCGACCGCGGCCAGGUGAGCGCCAUCACCGUGGUGGCGCUGCUGGACAAGCUGGUCAACAUGCUGGAGUCGGUGCAGGAGAACCAGCAGCGGAUGGAGCAGCGGCAGGCCGACCUGGAGGGCGCUGUGCGGGUCGUGCAGGGGGACGUGACCCGCUUGUCCAAAACCCACGUCAGCACCUCCAACAGCGUCAGCAAGCUGCUCGAGCGCUCCCGCAAAGUCAGCGGGCACCUGAAGGAUGUGCGGGAGCGCAUGGAUAAACAGGCGGUCCAGGUGAAGAAGCUGGAGGCAAACCACAGCCACCUGCUGAAGAGGAACCACUUUAAAGUGCUCAUAUUCCAGGAAGACAAUGAGAUACCCUCUAGUGUGUUAGUCAAGGACUCCCUCAAGACCCCACAACCAAGCCAGUAUGAUGCAGAAUCCAUCCGUCCUGCUCCGUCUGUUGCUUGCUCUGUUGAUGGCAGCCAUGCCCCUGAGGGUCUUCAGACCAUUAGCCUGUCCUCCGAUGACGACGAUGGUCUUCCAGCACACCUUGAGGAGGACGAGAUGUUCCAGUGCGAGGCCGCAACGGGCACUUCCCACACAUUUGAGAGAAGGGCUGACAAGUUCAAGCGCAACAGUCUGAAGAAGGUUGAUAGUCUCAAGAAGGCCUUCUCGCGUGAGAGCAUCGAGAAGAAGAUGACCAAGAUCACCACCAAGAUUGUGCCGCCGGAGAAGCGCGAGAAACUCAGGAAGAGCCUCACCCCCAACCACCCCAAGAGCCCGACUGCCAAGUCCUCCUCUUUCAAGGUGUCUCCCAUGACUUUCAAUGUCAAGAAAGUCCGAGAUGGGGAAACCCCCACGCAUGACAUGGGGUCACUUGGGGAAGAAGCCCAUGUGGAGAUUCCUGCUCUGGAAAGCUUAGAUAGUGAGAUUCCCUCGGCAGAGGUGCAUACCCAAGAAGGCGUUGUGGAGCAGAUUCAGGAGAUGCUGAGUCCCUCCACCCCAGAGAGCAUGAAGGCAGGGCUGGCUAUCAAUGGAGAGGCCUCAAGCAUCGAGGGCGAGAUAAAUGGCGAUCGUAUUGCUGGCCUGGCAGUUCCAGAGCUUGAUGAAGAUAUUGACGAGGAAGAAGAAGAGGAGGAAGAAGAGAAACACAAAAGCCCUGUUGAGCCAGCAGCAGAUGCCCAGAUUCCCACAGCAACAAUUGCUGUACAGCAAGUGUCUUAAUAUGAUUUAAUUUUCAGAAAGCAUCAAUUAUAGUUUCUUUUCUCGCUAAAUUUUUCUGCACCCAUCAGGCACACAUUUUCCCUCCAAUGUAGACUAGAAACAUACUCACGGCUUCCUAAGGUAGUCCAUCCUUGGACUAUUCCUGCAACACUACCUUUUGAUUAUUACCAUCUUGGUCUAAAAACCUUGACACAGACUGUAUAAGCAACUAGGUUGACAACUAGACCCCACAGUGUAUCACAAUCUGGUGCAAGUGCUUCCUGAACCCUGGAGCAGGGUUGUCCCAAAGAAAGUACCAUAUACCAACACACCGUAACUCACUCCCAACAACUGGUGCCCACCUCUUUAACAGCAGCACAUCUCCAGGACGCUGGGCCAACUAUCUUCCUCCUGCUGUGUUUGUCUGCCACUGGAGCUCUCUUCCUUACUGACAAAUAGCCUCUUCAUUCUUUGUGUUGUUUUUUUUGUGUGUGGAAAAAAAUAGUAAAUCUUUGGCAACAGUGGUACUGCCAGCAGCCUGUUGAGGCAGGGUGUUGCCAGGUUGUGCAAGAGUUGGAAUGGGAAGUUUCAGGGUUUUCAGUGAAAAGGUCCUGGGGUGUUUUGUGGUGAACUAGAGGGGUUCACUAAAUUCUUUGGGCCUGUGCUUAAAAAGGCCAGAUCUUAAAUAACGGGUGACGAAACUUAAGAAGUCCGAGUGGCGCUUACUUGUUUCCUGUCCUUCACCUGCGCUCGUCAAAUUGUUUGUUACUUCCAUAAUGAGAUUCAAUUCGUCACUUCCGACUCCGACCUACCUUGAAUACCACAUGAGUUGUGGGUGUGUGAUACUUAAAAAUAUUUUAGUAAUUAAUGAUUGCCAAUUGAGUAACCUCCAGGUAGGGUUGGGUACCGAUACCCGGUGCUAAUACGGCACCGGUGCCUUAACGACCGGUAUCUACCGGACCGAAUAGCAACGCGGAUUUCGGUGCUACUGAAAUGCCAGCGCUGCCCUCUGAUGCUCGGAAACGGACGUUUAAGGCAACAGAAACCUCUCUACACAGGACGCUAGUUAACAUAAUACACUUGGCAGCAGGUAACGUUAGCCUGCCGUUAGCUAGCAGCUGGAUUAAACAUGGUUAAAAUGCUGACGGCUAACAUUAAAUGGUGUGUCUGUAUUUCACUGUAGAGGAUUCCAACACCGAGACAUAACUGUCUGUAGUUACCGUUGUCAGAAAAACAACACAGACGUUCACUUGAAACUCGCCUCACCAGCCUCGUGGUGCAUUCAAAGUUACUGUAAAAUACCCUUUUUCUAUCUAGUGGUUGUUUUUGUCA